AUGGCCUCCAAGGGACUGAUGGUCAAAGUAUGGCUUGAAGGUAAUCGUCACCCAUCUGCUGCUGCCACACUGAUAUUAGAGCAGUCAGCAGCACUGCUCCUCUUGUCUUGGAUGCUGCGCUCGCUACUCACAUGUUUACUGAUGCCUCAAAUGAUGGAGGCGAUGGCCGCGAAACUAGUAUUCCCCCAGGACAACCCGCCACUUUCCAUCAUUUCUGCUGCUAAGAUUGCAGGUGUUCACAUAACCACUGACCCCUGUCUCCCCUCAGGUUCAGUGCCCACACUACACUUCGGUUCUGGGGACUUUAUACAUGGCAUCAACACAGUUCUUCGUUAUAUUGCCCGUACUACAUCUGUUUCCAGCUUCUAUGGCGAGGACGCUAUUCAGGCAGCAUGUGUUGAUGAAUGGCUCGAGUACGCACCACUCAUUCUUUCAGGCUCUGAAUUUGAAGCCGCUUGCUCAUUUCUCGAUGGAUACUUGGCAUCUCGAACAUUUUUGGUUGGUCAUGGUCUGACAGUUGCUGACACUGUAGUGUGGGCAAACCUCAGAGACUAUUUUCGACUUGAGUAUGUCGGCUUCAGAGUUUCUGCAGAACUCUGA